GCAUUGAGAGCGGAGGCGGGUCCAGGCGCGGGCUCGCGCGCCCGGGCGGGUCCUCGCAGGGGCGGAGUCUGCGCUCCGGUUCGGGCUGCGGCUACGGCUGCGGUUGCGGCUGCUGCUGCUACACUUCUAGCUUGAGGGAAAGAGGCCGAGGCCUGGGCCAAGCCCGGAGCCGCCGCUCGCCGGAGCCUCCUGGAGCCUCCGCGCCGGCUCAGCCUGGGGGCGGGCUCCGGUCCGGCCCGCCGCCGCACCCAGGACGGAGGCUGCAUGCCCGAGGACCAGGCCGGCGCAGCCAUGGAGGAGGCAUCUCCCUAUUCCUUACUUGAUAUCUGCUUGAAUUUCUUGACUACUCACCUUGAGAAGUUCUGUUCAGCCAGACAAGAUGGAACAUUGUGUCUGCAGGAACCUGGAGUAUUCCCACAGGAGGUGGCUGAUCGACUGCUUUGGACCAUGGCUUUUCAUGGUCUAUUGAAUGAUGGAACUGUGGGUAUUUUUAGGGGCAACCAGAUGCGCUUAAAGCGGGCCUGCAUUCGCAAAGCAAAGAUCUCUGCUGUUGCUUUCCGGAAAGCUUUCUGCCACCACAAGUUAGUGGAACUUGAUGCCACAGGUGUGAAUGCUGAUAUCACGAUUACAGACAUUAUCAGUGGGCUUGGCAGUAACAAAUGGAUCCAGCAGAAUCUCCAGUGCCUGGUGCUGAAUUCAUUAACUCUCUCCCUCGAGGAUCCUUACGAGCGCUGCUUCAGCCGGCUUUCUGGCCUUCGAGCUUUAAGCAUCACGAAUGUUCUCUUUUACAAUGAAGACCUGGCUGAAGUUGCCUCAUUGCCAAGAUUAGAGAGCUUGGAUAUUUCUAACACCUCGAUCACAGACAUCACUGCUCUACUGGCCUGCAAAGACCGACUCAAGUCUCUAACCAUGCACCACUUGAAAUGUUUAAAAAUGACAACUACCCAGAUACUGGAUGUAGUUCGGGAACUCAAACAUCUGAAUCAUCUUGAUAUCUCAGAUGAUAAACAGUUUACAUCAGACAUAGCUCUUCGCUUACUAGAACAAAAAGACAUCCUACCUAACCUUGUUUCUCUGGAUGUUUCUGGGAGAAAGCACGUGACAGAUAAAGCUGUUGAAGCCUUUAUACAACAACGUCCAAGCAUGCAAUUUGUAGGUUUGCUGGCUACUGAUGCUGGUUACUCUGAAUUCCUCACAGGCGAAGGACAUUUGAAGGUGUCUGGAGAAGCCAAUGAAACUCAGAUUGCAGAAGCACUGAAGCGUUACAGUGAACGGGCAUUCUUUGUUCGGGAAGCUCUGUUUCAUCUUUUUAGUCUGACUCAUGUGAUGGAAAAAACAAAGCCAGAAAUUUUAAAGCUUGUGGUUACUGGGAUGAGAAACCACCCUAUGAAUUUGCCAGUGCAACUGGCUGCAAGCGCCUGUGUAUUUAACUUAACCAAGCAGGAUCUUGCUGCAGGAAUGCCUGUCCGACUCCUGGCUGAUGUGACCCAUUUGCUGCUCAAAGCCAUGGAACAUUUUCCCAAUCACCAGCAGUUACAGAAGAAUUGCCUCCUUUCACUUUGCAGUGACCGGAUCCUUCAAGAUGUUCCAUUUAACAGGUUUGAAGCAGCCAAGCUUGUCAUGCAGUGGCUCUGCAACCAUGAGGAUCAAAACAUGCAAAGGAUGGCAGUUGCUAUCAUUUCCAUCCUGGCUGCCAAGCUUUCUACAGAACAAACUGCACAGCUUGGUACUGAGCUCUUCAUUGUCAGGCAACUUCUUCAAAUAGUGAAGCAGAAAACCAAUCAAAAUUCAGUGGACACUACGUUGAAAUUUACUUUGAGUGCACUUUGGAACCUCACAGAUGAAUCUCCAACCACUUGUAGACACUUUAUUGAAAACCAAGGGUUAGAACUCUUCAUGAGGGUUCUAGAGUCUUUCCCAACUGAGUCAUCCAUUCAGCAGAAAGUUCUAGGACUUUUGAACAAUAUAGCUGAAGUACAAGAAUUACAUUCUGAAUUAAUGUGGAAAGAUUUUAUAGACCACAUCAGUAGUCUUCUACACAGUGUGGAAGUGGAAGUCAGUUACUUUGCAGCUGGAAUUAUUGCCCAUUUAAUAUCCAGAGGUGAACAAGCUUGGACAUUGAGUCGUAGCCAGAGGAAUUCUCUGCUGGAUGAUUUGCAUUCAGCUAUUUUGAAAUGGCCAACUCCAGAGUGUGAGAUGGUAGCAUACAGGUCCUUUAAUCCAUUUUUCCCAUUACUUGGCUGUUUCACAACACCAGGAGUCCAGCUAUGGGCAGUUUGGGCCAUGCAACAUGUCUGCAGCAAGAAUCCUUCAAGGUAUUGCAGCAUGCUGAUUGAAGAAGGAGGAUUGCAGCAUUUAUACAACAUCAAAGAUCAUGAACAUACUGAUCCCCAUGUCCAACAGAUUGCUGUGGCCAUUCUGGAUAGCUUAGAAAAACACAUUGUGCGCCAUGGGAGGCCACCUCCCUGUAAGAAACAGCCCCAAGCCAGACUAAAUUGAUAGCCAUAAGUAUUGGAUAAUUGAAUCACAGGAAUCCUUUUUGUGAUUGGUCCAUUUGGAAUAUCUUACCCUCCCUGAUGUUUUGGGGGUUUCUAUGACAAGAGUCAUAAAAUCAAUUUGGGAUUGAUAAUGUGUAGUACUGCCUAUGUGAACAGUCUCUAAUUUGUCUUGUGAUUUUUAACUUAUGAGUCAAGAAGGGUCUCUUCCUUUAUCAUUGCCUUUUAGGAAAUUUUCCACAUCUUUCGGUGUUUGAACUUACUUGUGCUUGAGAUUCUACAGUUUUAUGGUAAAGUUUGCACGAACCCUUAGGCCAGACUUUUCUGAUCUCAGAGUCCCUUCCAGUCAAUUUGCAGCUUCACAUAAGCUGUUGACCUGAUUUCUGACACUGCUUCAGUUGUAAAUUUUAUACUGCUUCUGUAUAAAAUGGCUUUCUUCUCUAUCUGUGAAUCUUUUAUAAGAUGUCCUUCUUAGUGUGAAAGAAGGGAAAUGUGGAUCAUCUUGUGGAAGCUAAUCACUGGCAGGAGCCUGGAUGGCUGGCGGAAAGAUGUAUGAGAAAGAAAAAUUAUGAAGGGAGAACAGAGUGUAGGAACUGGGAAUUGCUUUCAUGGUAUAGGUUUUAAAAUGAGACAGGCUACCCUUCGGGAGCCCACCUCUCUUGAGGCGGUGAGCAGAAGCUUGUUCUCUAUAUUUAUACCUAGAAGUGUGGACUGCUGGUUCCUGCACAGACUGCUGGUUAUUCACUAGGAAUAUUUCCCCAAGCACCACAGUAUAAAAUAUUACAGCACUCUGUGUUAAAGACUAACUGUCUACAUCUCCAUAUGUUGUAUUGUUGUGAAAAUGUGAUUUUAAAAAAUUAUCGCCAGUUAAAACUGGCUAUUCUUUUCCUCUAUUUCAAAGUCAUUUUUGUUCAGUGGAAUAGAGACAACAACAUGGUGUUAACCUCUCAGUUAAAAUACAAUUGACACCAGUAAAUUUUGCCAUAAAAAUUAAAAUCUCUUGUUCAAAAUAUGUGUAUCUUCUUAAUGUGUUCAUGUUAGAGAAAGUGUCCCCAUCUCACUGCCAAAAAUGAAAGAAAAUAAACUCUUUAAAUGAUUAAAUGUAAUGAUUCUACUCGCAGUGCAUAACAGCACAUAUUUUUGACGGAUUAUUUUUAAGACAAUUACCUUUCCUUAAGGUAUCUGAUACAGUAUAGUAAAGAAUCACUUAUAUCAGUAAUAGCACUUGAGAGAUAGCAAGUCACCAAAAAACUUAAUUUUCAUUUAAAAUUUUAUUUUGUGAAUAAGGUCAGUCUACAAUCCCAGAUAACUACAUUUUUUUCAUAGAUGGCUGAUGUUUUCAAUAGAGAUUUAAAAUGGAAUAUUAAAAUCAUAGUGAUUAUUCAGAAGCAUUUUAAUUUAGAAAGGAGCUGGUUUAUUAGUUCACUGAUGACAUUUUUUGACAAACAUAUUUUAUACCAUUAUCACAAUAAUCAGACUUGAAUUUUUUUGGAGUUCCUUCAUGUGAAUGAAAACUGAGUUAAAGUAGACAUUUAGGUCCGGAUGCAGUGGCUCAUGCUUAAAUCCCAGCACUUUGGGAAGCUGAAGCAGGAGGAUUGCUUGAGCCCAGAAGUUCAAGACCAGCCUGGGCAACAUAGUGAGUCUCGGUCUCUACCAAAAAAAAAAAAAAAAAUUUUUUUUUAAUUAGCUGGGUGUGGUGGCAUCUGGGAAACAGAGCGAGACACUGACUCAAAUAAAUAUCUAAAUAGAUAUUUAGAAUCACUGAAAACCAUAUUAAAUGCUGGGUUAAUGCUGACUUAAUUGGCUUAAGGAAUUUUUAUAGGUGUAAGAAAUUUUCACAGACUAAGUUUAUUUCAGACAAAAUAGAGAAUUAUUUUAAAAGUUUUUUUUUUUUUUUUCCUUUUCUGAAUGUUAAUGUCUGAGACAAAGUUCAGAAAACGAGAUGGCCUGUGGUAGUUUGGAAAUUGCUAGAUAUGUUGACCGUUUCCAGGUCUUUUAUCUAGUGUAGUUAAGGGAAAGCCUAUUUAAGAAGUUUGGCUUCAAGUUUCUGUUUUAUACUGUUCAAGACAAAAGUGCAUAUUUCUUUACAGGCUAAUGCUAGGUUUUUGUCUUUACAAAUUAUUUUCAGAAAUGGCUAAAAGUGUACAGAAAACAGUAAAUCCCUUCUUUACUCAGAAUAACUUCUUAAUAGAUGAAGCAUCCAAAAUACUUAAAAGCAAGGGUGGGCGUAGUGGCUCUUGCCUGUAAUCCCAGCAUUUUGGGAGGCCAAGGCGGGCGGAACACUUGAGAUCAGGAGUUCGAGACCAGCCUGGCCAACGUGGUGAAACCCUGUCUCUACUAAAAAUACAAAAAUUAGCGGGGCAUGGUGGCUUUUUUGCGCGCCUAUAGUCCCAGCUACUCGGGAGGCUGAGGCACAAGAAUCACUUGAACCCAGGAGGUAGAGGUUGCAGUGAGCUAAGAUCGUGCCACUGCACUCCAGCCUGGGCAAUGGAGUGAGACUCUUCUGGGGAAAAAAAAAAAUUAAAUUUCCUACUUUUUUUCUUUUUAUAGAGACAGAGUUUCACUCUGUUGCCUAAGCUGGAGUGCAGUGGCACAGUCAUAGCUCACUGCAGCCUUUUGGGCUUACGUGAUCCUACCCCCUUAGCCUCUGGAGUAGCUGGAACUACAGGCUAAAUUUCCUACUUUGUAAACAUCAGUAGUGGCCAGAUACUUCUGAGUCUUAAAAGCAUAAUAAUUUAUUACAUCCCAAAUACAUAAAAAUUUGAGUGCCUUCGCAGUUGGGAUGGUUCCUAAAAUUGUGUAUAGAAUUAAGGCACAGAAUUGUCUGUAAGGUCCUAAAUCUGGCUAAAAUACAGUGGAUGUAUAUAUUGGAAUUAUGAGGCAUAAGUGGCCAGUAUCUAUAGUUAGAAUCUACAAGGCCUCCCUUUUGCACCUGUAGACUAGAAUGUAACUGUUAUUGGUGCCUUUGAGUGUUAUCUCUCAGUGGCUAGAGGUGCUAUUUCAAGCACAAUUUAGACUAGGGUUGAACCACUCAUUGUUCAAAUCAUUGUUGGGCUCCAGUGUAAAAUAUCACUACAUCAGUCCACAAGCAACAGUAAAGAAAUCUAAAGGAAAUGGAAUUUGACUUUUUAGAGUAUAAUGAUGUUCUAGGGCAUAAUGAGGAAAAUUUUUUAAAAAUAGAUUAUAAUGAUACAUAUUGGUAUCAUUGAGUAAAACAACAGAUUUGAGCAAAUACAAUUAAGGCGUCUUAUUUUUUGCAUCAAGUAAUUAUUGCUGUGGUCUUUCUACUCCACAAAAUAGUUUUUUCUUUUUGCAGUUGAAAAUUAACUGCAUUAUUAACUAAUUAAUAAAAUAAGUGGUAUAAGGGAUUAGUUUACCCUCAAGCCAAUGACUCCAUGGCUAUUGAUCUUAGUUAGUUUAGGAUUUUUAAAAAGCAUAUCAGACCCCGUUUCAGGAAUUGACUAUAAAUAUUGCUUCUUGUCACCCCAGGACAGUAAUGCCUUAUAGUGGCACUAGUCACCUUAAGUAGAUUACACAUGAUGGAGGUGAAUAAAACUGCAUGGGAAUUUGCUUUCAUGAUCUAUUUCAUUUGCAAACGUCCACAUAAUCAAGUUUUAUGUUUAAAACCAUAGGUUUUAUAUUAUCUAGCUUUAGGAAGUUGCCCUUACAGGUGGGACCUUUUGUGUUAAUCUGUUUUCUCCCCAGUCAUCUUAUUUGGCUAUGUUAAAAAAAAAACAAAAAAGAGAGAGAGAGACGAUGUCUCACUGUGUUGCCCAGGCUAGUCUCGAACUCCUGGCCUCAAGUGAUUUUCCCACCUCAGCUUCCCAAAGUGCUGGAAUCACAGGCAUGAGCCACAGUGCCUGGUCUUAGCUGUGUUUUUAAUUAUGCCAUGCAUCAACAUAACAUUGGGCCAUCUUCCUGUCCCUUUUGAGCACAUUUUAAUGAAAACGUAUUUUAUGUGCUAAAUUAGGUUAAUUUACCGGAGAUUUAGCUUAGUGUUUUUAAACGCAUUAUCCCUAUAGAACAGUGUACAGCUGCACCCAGGGUUGAAAAGAGGUAGCAGGGAAAACAAACUUACACUCUUUGUAUAUGGUGAAACCCAUCCCUCUCCUGCCCUCUAAUGGUAUGUUUACAUUAUUUGGUUAUUAUACAACGUUUAUAGUGGUAUAAACAGUAUUAUUAAACUGAAGGCAUAAGUUAAAGGAAGUAUGUUACUUUGAGCUGACAUAGGCUCUUCCACUUUUAUCUGUAUUUUACUUAUUUGGGGACUUUGUAUUGCUAGGGCUUCAGAAUACUUUGAUACAGCUCCCAGAGAGGUUUGCAAACUUUUGGUUUCCCUCUCAAAUCCAUGGUAGCAGUUUCAAAUGAGUUUGUGGAUAAUGGAUGUUUAGUCCUUAUCAUUUGCUGUGUAUUGACAGUUUUUAAUUUGCAGUAUUCACUCAUGAACUGUUUUAUUUUAGGAAUAAUGCAAAACCAACCUUCGUCCGGUGAUGAGAAUAGCCGUAUGAUAAGAGAAUUUGCUCAUUGUGCUUUAAAUGAGUAAUUGUUUUACCUUAUUUAGUAUUUCAUAGACUUUGCAUGAUAUGGUACACUCCUAAUUAUGCAUUCUUUGGUUUCCAAAUCUUAACCUAAGAUACUUUGUUAACUGACUGGUAGCCUAAGAAAGAGACUUUUCUUCCUGUUUUUCUCUCUCCCCAUUUUUUGGGGUAAGUUUUGCAAAGAUCAGUGCUGCUUCUCAUGACUCUAAAGUAAAGCUCUUUUGGAUAGCACAGCCUAACUUUACAGCUAGACAGAAUGGCUAUUAAGAAUAUUUCCAAAAUCCAAGUUUAUCAAAAUUAUUUUGUGGGAAAUCAUAAAUCUACUUUAUUAAUAUUAUGUGUUUAAUUUUGGACUUAUUUUGGGAAAAACUGUUCAAAUUGGGUCCUUUUAAGCUUAUUUUAAGCAGCCUAGAAGAAAGAAGCUACUUAGCUAAUGAAAGCUGAGACACUUUAAUAAAAGCAGGAUCUUAAGAGCAUUGUUUUUCCUUAAAAACUUUAUACUCUCAGAUAAUCUGCAACAACAAAAAUUAAGAAAUCCCUGACUUUUGUAGAAUUCCCACUGUCAAAUUCUCACUGACUUAUGAGUGUGAGAAAAGUUAUCUUUUGUUUGAAUUCUGAUAGAACAGUUUAACUCCUUUCUAAGGAUAUAAAAAAUUCAUUGCAAAGUGUGUAUAUUUCAAAGACUCUCAAUUAUCUGGACUGAAGGCACUGUUCUCACUAUGGCCAGAUGAAUGGGAGUAUUCUGUACAUGAAUCAUGCUAUAUUUUAAAUCAGGACAUCACUUAAGUAUUAAUGUUGUGUGUACAGAUUUUUGUUUUGGGAUUUUUUUUUUGCCUAAAUAAAUGUUAUAAAUUUUA